UUAUACUUGCUUGGCGGCUUUUUUGCACUAUGAUGACAUCUUUUGGGGCAUGUGGCCAGCAGAUGCGAAUCAACCCUAACCAGGUUCCUAUUGUCUCGAAUUCCAGUACCGUGGUACAGCUAAUACCCCAUUAUCGGCUGAAAAAGGAAGCUCGUCAGCACCACCGCGUUCGUAGCUGAUAGCUGUCAGCAGUAGUGACACUUCAUCAUCAAAUGUUCGGUUUCACGUUAUCUAUACUAUAAUCUGUACUUGGUAUUUCGAUCAACACGACCCCCAAGGACAGGACGCCCAUCAUCCCCCAUCAUGAGCGCUGCACCACGCACUCUCUUGCUCGUUUGUGACCUCCAAGAGCGCAAGCGGCAAGACAUCUGGGAGUUUGACGCUAUGAGCUCUAUGAUCAGCAAGAUGGUGAGGGCCGCCAAAAUCUUAGAAAUUGCGACACUCACUACAGAACAAAACUCGAAAGCGCUUGGAACAAUUGAAGAAGUGGGCCAACACCUGCAACAGCUGGAACAUAAUAAUUUGGGCAUAUACAAGAAAAACAGGCUUUCAAUGCAGACAAAAGGCACUAGAAGGGGUGUUGACUUCCAGAAAUAUGAUACUUUCAUUGUCACCGGUAUAGAGGCUCACGUAUGUAUACUUCAGACGGCUUUAGAUCUUCUGCGCCUAGAAUCAAAGCCUACCGUCUUCAUCCCUGCCGACUGCAUUUCCUCCGGGAAUAAGCAAGAAAUUCCGAUUGCCUUGAGAAGGAUGGAGAGAGAUGGGGCGGUUAUCACCACCAGUGAAUCGGUAUUGUUUGAGCUCCUCGGCGACGCCGAUCAUCCAAAGUUUGAAGCUUUAGUUGACCUCAUCAAAGGAGAGGCGGAGAAUACACGCAACGCCUUGGCGGCACUUUUGUAAAGGACCGAAGAUUGAUCCGGAUAGAACGCAAAGGUUGUAGCAAUAACACAUAGCAUAAUAAAAAAUAUUCCACAUAUAUAACAUGAAAUGAGAAAU